AUGUCUGCAGUGAUCCCCCUCAUCGAGCAGCUCUCCUCCAGAGUAAUCCGGGUGCUGGGCUGUAACCCGGGGCACAUGACUCUGCAAGGGACCAACACCUACCUGGUGGGGACGGGCUGCAGGCGGGUGCUCAUAGACACUAGUGAGCCGGCGGUCCCCGACUACAUCUCAAACCUGAGUCAGGCUCUGGCUCAGUUCAACAGCAGCAUUCAGGAGAUCCUCAUCACACACUGGCACCUGGACCACAGCGGGGGAGUGGAGGACGUCAUCCGGGACAUCACUGGUCCUAGAGUGAAGGUGAGCAAACUCCCUCGUGCCAACGGCUCUGAGGAAUCCCCCAGAAACACAAAGUACACUUAUUUGAAAGAUGGCGACCUGGUCCGAACGGAAGGGGCUACUUUAAGGGUUGUGUUCACUCCUGGCCACACUGACGACCACAUGUCAUUGCUCUUGGAGGAGGAGGCGGUGCUGUUCUCUGGAGACUGUAUCCUGGGUGAAGGAACCGCUGUGUUUGAAGAUCUGCAUGACUACAUGAGGAGCCUGAAGGUUCUACUGCAGCAGGGCGCUUCUCUUAUCUACCCAGGGCACGGUCCGGUGGUCCAGGAUCCACAAUCUAAGCUCCAGCAGUACAUUGCUCACAGAAGCCAGCGAGAGCAGCAGAUCCUGGAGGCCGUGAGAGCCUCGGAAGAGGGAGCCACGUCCGCACAGCUUGUCAAAGAGGUCUACAAGGUUUGA